AUGUCUGAAAAAAAAAUAAGAAAAAAGUACCAUGACAAAAUAGACUUUAAACUGGAUCUUCCUGAUACAAAUAAUAAGAAAGAAAAAGCAAGAUAAAGUGCCAAAAAUACUAGAUAAAGAAAGAAGGCAUACAUAGAGAGCUUAGAGUAAAAGGUUUUAAAAUUAAUAAAAGUGUGAGGUGACUUAAUUGACAGCUUAAUUAAAUUAAAAUAAGAAUGUAGAAUCGAAGCCUAGUUUAAUGUAAUUAAUGGAGCAGUUUUUGAUUGAUAGAAAAUAAUAAUUUGAUAUGUUAGAAAAAGCAUAUGAAGAAGGAGAUGAAGCUAAUAUUAAAGUUAUUACAAAUUCAUUAAGAUUUAAAUAUGGUAUUUCUGGUCGAGGACGUUUAAUGGCAAUUAAUAAAAUAUUUGAAUUACUUAUUGAUUUAUUAUUGCCAAUGCAUAUGAGAUAUCUGUUUUGGGUUGCUUCUGAAGGUUAGUUAAUUUUAAAUUAUAUUUAGAUGUUGAUAUUUUUAAAAGAGAAAGAUAAUCAGGUGAAUUUUAUUCAUUUGAUAUGAGUGAUAGCUAAAUUAAUUGCUUAAAUUCAUUUGGAUUAGAGGAUGAUUAAAUUCUUAAAAUAUAAAAUAUGCAAUCAGUAAUCUAAGAAUAAAGAUCACAUUAUGAUAAUUUAAUUAUAGAUAUUUACAAAAUAUAAUAAUCAAUUAUCAAAGAGAGUGAAAAAUGUUAAACUAUAGUUGAUGAAAUAUGGGAUAUUUUGGAACCAAAACAAGCAGCUGGAUUAUUAAUUACAUUAGAUAAGGUUAUAUUAUUAUUUUAUUAUAAUAGAGUCGUAUUGAAUAAUUUAGAGAAAAAAAAGUUUAUCCUGAUUGUGUAAUUUUAACACUAUAAAAAAGAGCCAAAGAAGAAAUUUAAAGAUAAUAGUAAUAUUCUUAUUUUGACAUGAAAAAAGAACAUAAACAAAGAGAGCUAGAAUUGAAUAAUUAUUUUUAAGGAGAAUAUAAUAAUUGA